CACCACAGACACAGAAUGCAUUCAUUUACCUUUAAAAGGACAGUGUUCCUUAUUAUAGAAGACUUAUGUGUAAGAAUAUUUCUGCUCAUAUUAAUGUGUAAAACAUUUUCAUCACUGUUUAAACUAACCAUACACAACUCUUUUUGUGAUGGCAUGUGUGUGCAUUAUGCAAAAGCUACAUAUAGUCGAUGCAUUUGUGCUUUAUAAGUGUAGUUUCAUUUAUUAAACCCUACAUAAACCAUGAAAAACAACAAUGUCUUCUGUGUACACGGAACCAUAUCUUUGCCUGGUCUUGUGUAAAUAUUAUCAUUUAUAAUGUGUUCGCAAAUACGGAUGUUAAAGGAGUUGGUGGAGAAACAGGCCUGGUGUAUACCCGCACGAACUGAAGUCAAAUCCUAAUGUUGAAGUUGCACUCGCUGGAUAAACAGUCAAGUCAUUCAGGUGAGAUUCAUAAUGUUUGACAAGAAUGUUUGUUUAAAUAGACGACGGGCCUUUAGCAGAGAGACUCAGUGGGAUGAGCUGUGUAGGCAAGCACACACUGAGUGGUGAGGGAAUGCUGAUGCUGCCCCCUGGUGGCAAUAACAUGCAACUUCACAAUGCUGCAGGGCAGUAUACAUGUAUAGGCUGAUAAUACUGUACACUCAACCUUACAGCACUGCACUAUGUAUGGCUGUAGAAUGGUUGCCAUUUUAAAGGGACACUCUCUCUAUUUUACAUGAAGGGGCCAGCUUGUCAUUCAAAAGGGGAACAACACCAGUCUGUAAAAGCAGCUGUGUAACAUCUAUAUAGUGGAGUGAAGUGGGAGGAAAUAACCCCUAGUGAUGUCAUAGGGAUGUCAUGGUGAUGUCAUUGUGGUCAUUGUGGUUUGGGGCUGAGAUUUCACAUCUGUAACAGAAAGCCUGCAUUGCAAAUUGGGGGGAUGUGGAUUUUGAAAGAUGUGUAUUUACCGGGGUGGGAAAGGCACCACUCAGUUGCAUUAUGGGAAUUAUUAUGGAAGUGCUGGACUGCCCCUUUAACCUUUUUCAAGUGCAUAUGCCUGUGUGAUACACUACACUAGCUGCAGUAGUAGGCUAUAGAAUAUUAUGUCUGGGGGAAGGGACAGAAAGCAGACAAAACCACCUGAAAAUGGUCUGUGACACAGUAUUAUAUUGUUGCUGAUUAAGUCCCAAAUGCCCAUGUGCAAGGAAAUCAGUUGCAUCACAAUAAGGAAUCAAGAUGAGCAUUGGGAAACAUCUUUAAGAGAGAUAAAGAGCAAUUCGCUUUUAUCCCCCCAUGAAAGCCACACAGCCGCAAACACAGAUAAGUCUUUUUCAACUGCCACUGCACAAUGAGAAUAUACUUAAUCAUUUAUGUGUUCCUCCUUUCCUCUUUCUUGUGCUAUGCACCGAAGACAGAAGAUGAAAUUAUAUAGAAGAGAUGAGUUAGAGAUAGGUGGGCAGAUAAGGAACAGGAUAGGGAAAAGAUAAAAUGUCAGUGAAGGUUCUCUUCAUCCAGGUCACAGGAUGUCUGGAACUGAUGCCUCACGGUCUGAUGAAUCAAGUCCAGUUAGCUUCUUCUUACUGCUAUUAGUUCUUGUAUGAUGAAAGGAAAUAAAUGAAAAAAACUCUGUGAUUAGAAAUGAGCUUUGUGUAUUUUAGGCAUAACCUCCCUGUACGCCAGCUCCUCUUUCAACCUUUCUCCUCAGCCUGUUGUAGCUGUUAUCACCUGGUCAGAUAAUGCUCAUGGAUAUCUACGGGGACGUCUCUUAGCUGAACCUUAAACCCUCCCUUUCAUUAUAUAACUUCAUUUAUAAGAGGUCCCUGGGUGCCUGUGCAGUGUCUGUACCUUUACCUGGCCUCUGCUGCUCUGUCAGCUCCUCUGAUGGUACAGCCUGCCUGUGCUGCUGCCUCUCUUGCUGCCGGGACACAAACACAGACAAGCUGCUCGUACUAGCAACACGCCACAAACACAGAGACAGAAGGAGAACAGGCUGCCAGGCUGCCAGGCAGACAGACAGACGCACGGUCGGACUGAGGGAGACGCACAUCACCAUGGGCUGCUGUAACAGAAGGUGCGGGCUGAUAGCCGGAGCUGUGUUUGGGGCGGCGGUAGCCAUCCUGGGAGGUGUUCUUAUCCCACUGGGGAACAGCGUCAUUCAGGGGACAGUGGAGAAGGAAGCCGUCAUUGAGCCUGGAACGACAGCUUAUGACAACUGGGUGUCUACAGGAGGAGAUGUGUACAGGCAGUUCUGGUUCUUUGACGUGAAAAAUCCCCAAGAGGUUUUGCAACACGGUGCAAAUCCAGUGGUGCUGGAAAAGGGACCUUACACAUACAGGACACGAUAUCUUCCCAAAGAGAAUGUCACGCACAAUGCCAAUCAAACUGUCUCCUACCUGCUGCCCCAGGGCGCCAUCUUUGAGCCAUCCAUGUCAGUGGGACCAGAGGAAGACAAAGUCACCUGCCUCAACCUGGCUGUGGCUGGAGCUUAUUCACUGGUACCAAAAGUACUUCAUCCUGCACUGGAGAGACUGAUAAAGUCAAGCAACUCCUCCUUGUUCCAGUACCGUACAGUCAAGGAAAUGCUGUGGGGCUACACAGACCCCAUGCUGAAAUCACUUGUGGGGUUAUUUGCACCUUACAACGGCACCUAUGAUGGCUACUACACAGUCUUCAAUGGAAAGGAGGACAUCUCAAAAGUGGGAAUAAUUGACAGGUGGCGGGGAGAGAGGAACUUACGUUUCUGGAACGACAAGUACUGUGACAUGAUCAACGGGACAGAUGCUUCGUCCUUCGCUCCCUUUGUGGACAAGAAGAAGCCUCUCUAUUUCUUCUCAUCAGACAUUUGCAGGUCUGUGUCAGCCAGCUUUGAGGAGAGCAUGGAUCUGAAAGGGAUUGAGGUGUACCGCUACACCCUCCUGCCAUCCACCCUGGCCUCCCCUACGGUCAACCCAGACAACAAGUGCUUCUGUAGAGACCCAAAGACCACCAAGAACUGCACUUUGGCCGGAGUACUGGAUAUCAGCUCCUGUCAAGAUGGAAGACCUAUCUACAUCUCUCUGCCCCACUUCCUUCAUGGCAGUCCAUACCUGCGAGAGGCCAUACUGGGUCUCAAUCCCAGCGAGGAACACCAUCACACCUUCUUAGACGUGGAACCUACAACCGGGUUUACCCUGCAGUUUGCUAAGAGAAUUCAAGUGAAUAUGAUGUAUGGACCAUCAAAUGUCAUCACGGUGCUUAAGAAAGUCAAGGAUUAUACCAUAUUCCCUCUUGUCUGGCUGAACGAGACGGCUGCGUUGGAUGACGAAACAGCAGAAAUGUUUAAGAGGGAGCUCAUCUCCCGUAUCCAGAUGUUGGAGAUAAUACAGCAGGCGCUGCUGGGCACAGGUGUGGCCAUCUUCGUCCUGUGUCUGAUCUUCUACUGUGUGGUGAGGAGGAGAAAUAAUGAAGCCAAGCUCGUGUGAAUGAAUCAUGCAGAAGUGUCUGUUGUGUGGAAGUUGUGGAGUACAGUGCAUUUAAGCUGCUAUGGGACAUAAACCUUUUGAUAUAGACUUGCACUUUUUUGUAAUUUGAGUGUUAUUUAUAAUAUCAUACUUCCUUUGAUACCGGGGGGGAAUACUGUGAUUUUGUAACGCUCAAGAGCUGAAUUCCUUUGCCAAGUAUUAUUUUAAUUGCAAACACUGUAACAUUAACUUAAUCAGGGAUUUCUGGAGAGAGAGCAGGCGAAGACUCCUCUUAACUGUCAGGUUAUUAAUCCGCACAGAGGAGGAAUGGGUUUGUCUGACAUCCUAUAAAAGAAGCACAUGAAUCUAAUCUUGCGCAAAUGUUCAAAUUCCUUGCUGAACUAGUGUCUUCAAAAUGAAUAAAAGCUGAAAAAGUGA